UUGAGAUCUCCUGGGAAUAUUGUCAUGUCGGCAUGCGCGGUGGUGAUGGGAUUGGGGUGGGAUAUUCUGUAUGACUGCACGUCAUAUGGUGCCACACAGGGAAACUUGCAUUGAACGGAGUUAGGGGAUAUCAACCUUGGAUUUCGUCUUGAAACUCUCUAUACCCAGGCUGUAUAUCCAAAACCAGCACAUUAACUCAACUCUCAGCCUCUCCCCCAUACGGACCAAGACUAAGCCAGGGUGGGACUAACCCCGAUUAGCCUUAUGCAAGGCUGACGAACCUUGUCCCAACCUCUCACUCCUCCAAAUUCCAACGCCGCGCAACUCUUAACAACAUCAUUCGGCUGUCCGUAUCGACAACACCCAUAGCAGGCCAAUUGACACGGCCCAACUCGAUGUCUUCGCCAUCUCUGAAAAGUGAUAAUCGGCGGUAUGAGUCGGCAGACUCCGACGUGACGCAGGAGAGCCUACAGGCGGUGAACCGGCACAAUGAGGAGCUCUGUGACGCAGAGACAAGGCCAGAUAGACGGGAUACAGUGCGAGGAAAUCAACCAAACAUCGACUUGGAUUAUCGAGAAGCAGUUCUCAAUGAACGGGAGGCGAGGUUGGAAUUGUGGGAACAGAGUCUCGCUGACCGCGAAAUAAAAGUGCACGACCGCCAGUUACGAUUGGAUUACCUGAUAUCUCGGCUAGAAAGCCAGAAGGCGGGGCUGGAUGACCUUGAGCGAAGCUUGCGCGCACGUAUACGAGAGGUCGCGGGCUUUGCUCUAUUUCCUUUGCUCCCCGUUGAACUUCGAAUCAAGAUAUGGUCCUUUGCCCUGGAUGAUACACCAUACCGUGAGCCUCGAGUACACCCUAUUCAUGCUCUACCCACCCGUACUAUGAGAAGCAUGCAUCGCUUCAACUCGUCAGCUACAAAAACCAUAGACAUCGAACCUGCAGACCAUCCUGAUCUCCGCUCGUUGGAUGAAAAAGCGAUAUUUCUCUCCCCUCAUACCAUUCACCCGCUUCUUCACACUUGUCGAGAAUCUCGUGAUGUCGCUCUCGAUAAAUUCAACCUGACCUUCGUCUUCGGGACAUUCGUCAAUUUAAAACAUGAUAUCAUCUUUCUAGAUGGUUCUCCAACCCUUAGCGAUGAGAUGAGGUAUGCGGGUGAUAUGGUUUGCAGUGAGUUUGCACGGCUUCCCGAGUUGAAAAAUAAGGUGAGGAAGCUAGCAAUACAUGUUGGGAGAGCACCGCAAUGGGUUGGCAUUGUAGGUAAAACACUCAAGGGCCACAUGGGAAAACUGGAGGAAUUAUACUUUGUUGUUGGCGACCAAAGAAGAGUGGUUGAAGAUCAGCACAGCCCCGAACGUGGAGACAUCUCCUUUAUCGACUGCGAAAGAUACUGGGGUCCCAGCUAUGCCAUGUAUAUCCCAGGUCGACGGGAUAAUCGUGAUCUAUAUGGGAGAGAUUGGCAGCAGCAGACGGAAAAUAUAGCCAGUCCGAUAUUCAAAACUGUCGUCGUAGCCACGCAUGCCGAAAUAGCGCCAUUCCUGGAAGACAAGUCGGGGAUUCCAAUCUCGCAAUUAAUACAAAAGGCACGUUACGGGGUCGCCGAACACGAAAGUGGAUGCGAUGUUCAGUAGCAGCAUUGAUUGGAAAUUCAACAUCAAACCAGGCAGACUGUAAAAUAUGAAAUGCUUUUUU